AUGUUGAGACAAUCAUCUAGACUAUUGAUCAAGGGAAAUAUCUCUGCCAAUCAAUUAUUGCUCAAGAAUAACCCAGCAUUGUUGACAUUUGCUGCUCGUUACUUUUCAAAUGAUGUCAGCACUGCCAUCAAUAACAACAACAACAACAGCUCUACAUACAAGCAAAUCAACACCUUUUCCUCAUUCACCUCUUUAAAUACCACUUAUUUCUCUGGUCAACAAAGAUUAUAUUCUACUUCAUACCCAAAACAUAUUCAAGUUGGUAUGCCAGCUUUAUCACCAUCAAUGGCUGAAGGUAACCUUGUAAAAUGGAAAAAGAACGUUGGUGACAAGAUUAGCGUUGGUGAUAUUAUCGCUGAAGUUGAGACUGACAAGGCUACCAUGGAUUUUGAAAUCACUGAAUCUGGUUAUUUGGCCAAGAUCUUAAAGCCAGAUGGUUCAAAGGGUAUUGCCAUCAAUGAUUUGAUUGCUAUCAUUGUUUCAAAGAAGGAAGAUGUUGCCAAGUUUGCCGAUUACACUGAAACUGCUGCUGCUGCCCCACAAGAAGCUCCAAAGGCUGCCGCUGCUGCUCCACAAGAAGCACCAAAGGCUGCUGCCCCAAAGGCUGCUGCUCCAAAGUCAAACUAUCCAAAACAUAACGUUGUUGGUUUACCAGCUUUAUCACCAUCAAUGGAAACUGGUGGUUUAGCCAAAUGGAGAAAGAAUGUUGGUGACAAGAUUACUGCCGGUGACAUUAUCGCCGAAGUCGAGACUGACAAGGCUACCAUGGAAUUUGAAAUCACCGAGUCUGGUUAUUUGGCCAAGAUUUUGGUUCCAGCCGGUACCACUGGCGUUGACAUUAACUCACCCAUUUGUGUUAUGGUAAACAAAAAGGAAGAUGUUGAAAAGUUUGCUGACUUUACUGUUGAUGGUGCUGCUGCUGGAGGUGCCGAAGCCCCAGCUGCCGUUGAAUCUACUACUGCUGCCCCACAACAACAAGCUGCUCCACAACAAUCAUCAUCAUCGUCAUCAUCAUCAACUGGUGGAAGAAUAUUCUCAUCACCAGCUGCUAGAUUCACUGCCAAGGAAAAGGGUCACAAUAUUGCCGAUAUUACAGGUACUGGACCAAAUGGACGUGUCAUCAAGGUUGAUGUCCUCGAAUUUGUUCCACAACAAAAGCAACAAGUUGUUUCAGAAGCUGCUGCUACUGCUGCUGCACCAAGACCAGCUGCUGCCGCUGCUGCUGCUGCCCCAGAGGCCGGUCUCUUUACCGAUAUUCCACACACUAAUAUCCGUCGUGUCACUGCUUCACGUUUGACUGAAUCCAAGCAACAAAUCCCACACUACUACCUCACCAUGGAAUGCAAGGUUGACCAACUCCUCAACGUCCGUACUCAACUCAACAACCAAGCCAACAACAAGUACAAGCUCUCUGUCAAUGACUUUGUCAUCAAGGCUGCAGCUGCUGCUCUCCGUGACUGUCCAACCGUCAACAGCACCUGGAUGAAGGAUGCCGUCCGUAGAUUCCACAACAUUGACAUCAACGUUGCUGUCAACACUGACUUGGGUCUCUUUACCCCACUUAUCAGAGACGCUGACAAGAAGGGUUUGGCCUCUGUUGCCAACCAAGUCAAGGAACUCGCUGAAAAGGCCAAGAUUGGUAAAUUGCAACCACAAGACUUUGCCUCUGGUACCUUUACCAUCUCUAACCUCGGUAUGUUUGGAAUCAAGAACUUCUCUGCCGUCAUCAACCCACCACAAGCUGCUAUCCUCGCCGUAGGUACCACCGAAAAGAGAAUCGUUGCCGCUGGUGAAGACAAAUACACCUCUGAAACCGUUCUCACCGUUACCCUCAGCUGUGAUCACCGUGUCAUUGAUGGAGCCGUCGGUGCUGAAUGGUUACAAAAGUUCAAGGACUACAUUGAAAAUCCAUUAAAACUUUUACUCUAA